CCUUGAUGUAUAUAAUAUAAACUGAAAUUGAAUUUUGUGCAGCCAUAAGUCCUGAUUUCCUAUCAUCAAUAUGAUGGAAUUUUUUUCAGCUAACAAUUUUCCUUUUCCUUUAAGUUUGUGAAUUCUAUCCAUCAAUGGAUACACAUAAGAGAAGGAAGAACGUCAUGGAAACCAGCAUUAACGAAUCCAAGGAGCUUUUGACAGCUACUAAAAUUAGAUAUUGGAGGUUUUGUUCAAUUAGAUGCUAGGUUUUGACAAGUCCCCAUGAGAUGUAAUGGCAAAAGAGAAUUGAUAGGCACACAGUUUCUUCUUGUUAUCAUGCUAUAUAAAAAACAUGUCUCAGUUGUGGUGGUUUGGUUUGGUUUUUGUUGUUUUCCAUUGUAAGAAUGCUAUUGAUUCCUCUUUAUUCAAGAAAUGGUUGCAUAACUUGCAAAGUGAGAUUGGGAUUCUAGCUGAUGGCACCUUGGCUCUGAGACAAGUUCUAAUUCAGGUUCCAGGUAUUGUAUUUGCAAGAGGACCUGCUGUGACUGUGUUGAUACUUUUGGAAUCAGAUGGUGAAACUUAUGCUGUCCUUACUGAACAGGCAAGGGUUCCUACUGGAAGAAUUAUUUUGGAAUUGCCUGCUGGAAUGUUGGAUGAUGACAAGGGUGAUUUCGUUGGCACUACAGUUCGUUGAAGAGGAGACUGGCAUAAAGUUCUUGAAGAGAUGGUUGAUCUCACUGCUUUCUUGGAUUCUUCAACAGGAUGCAGAUUUUUUCCCUCAUCGACAGUAGACUAUAAGAGACCAACCUAUGAAGAAGUUAUGAGAACCUCCAAGCCUUACUUCCAAGGGAGUGCAAUAUCUGCCAAGUGCAAAUCGGCGAAAUGGUGAACUUUAUGGAUUCAAAAUGUAGUUCAAUCCAUUUUUUUCACUAAUUUUCACUUACUAUGAGUUUGGAAUACCACUGCCACUAUUUGUAAAUGGAUGCUAGGUAGAAGCUGCUCAUUAGGUGCCUACUACUUUUUGUAAUAAUAAAGAUAAAUAGAUGUGCAAGGUGUUUGGAAUUUUUAUUCCUAUUAGCAUAAUAAUGCUGAUGAAUUUUUAUAGUAGAAUGUGAACUUGGUUUAAUUUGAAAUUAUUAAUACAUGCAUAAAUUAGAUUAUUUCUUAUAAUAUUUUUAUAUAUAUCGUUUUUGUUGGUUCAAUUUGUUCUUGAUAUUUUGCU